AAAGUCAUUUUUUUAAGUCGCGAGUCUUGAGUCUGUCUGUAUUCGUCCACAGUGCCUACGAAUGUUGUGCAUAAAAGACUACUAUUUUUGUUUUUCUACCUAUGUGGUGUUGGAAAGGCUGUGAAGUAAACUAAGUAAUCCGACAAUGGGAGCUUCGAGAGUUUUACUCUGUUGUGUUGUUCUGAUUCAGCUGUUUGCUGGUCAAACCGAUGCUCAAAGAUCUAGUAGUCGAUGGCAAACACUCAGUGGUGAUGCUCCUCUUGUGAUUGCUCGUGGUGGGUUUUCUGGAUUGUUUCCAGAUUCGAGUUCCAUUGCUUACGGUUUCGCAAAGCAGACAAGUGUAGCAGGUGCUGCUCUAUGGUGUGAUGUUCAGCUAACCAAAGAUGGAGCUGGGAUUUGCUUUCCUGACUUAAAACUGAACAACGCUUCAACUGUCGAAGAUGUUUAUCCAAAUCGCCAAAAAACAUACUCGGUUAAUGGAGUCUCUACACAGGGUUGGUUCACCAUCGAUUUCUCCUUGAGAGAUCUCAGUGACGUUAAAUUGAACAGAGGAAUAUUAUCUCGGUCAGAAAAAUUUAAUGGAAUAUAUCCGAUUUUGACGGUUGAAGAUGUAACCACGCAGAUAAAACCUGAAAGUUUUUGGUUAAAUGUUCAGUACGAUGCGUUCUACGCGCAGCAAAAUCUGAGCAUGAGCAGUUUUCUGAUAUCUGCUUCCAGAACUGUUUCCAUUGACUACAUCUCUUCCCCUGAAGUGAAUUUCUUUAAAAAGAUUGCAGGCCGUUUCGGUCGUAAUGGACCGAGUUUCGUGUUCCAGUUUCUUGGAAAAGAAGAUUUCGAGCCGACAACUAACCGAACCUACGAUUCUAUCUUGAGUAACCUGACUUUUGUCAAGACGUUUGCUUCAGGGAUUCUUGUUCCCAAGUCCUACAUAUUGCCACUUGAUGACAAUCAGUACUUGGUUCUUCCUCCUAAAUCCUUAGUUCUAGAUGCUCACAAGGCAGGAUUACAAGUAUAUGUGUCAGGUUUUGUCAAUGAUAAUGAUAUCGCUCACGACUAUAGUUCCGAUCCGGUGUCUGAGUAUCUAUCUUUUGUGGACAAUGGCAAUUUCUCUGUCGAUGGUGUGCUCUCUGAUUUUCCCAUAACUGCGUCUGCAUCCAUUGACUGCUUCUCCCAUCUUGGAAGAAAUGCUACAAAACAAGUUGAUUUUCUGGUUAUAUCAAAAAAUGGAGCGAGUGGGGAGUAUCCUGGAUGUACAGACAUGGCAUAUGAUAAGGCUAUCAAAGAUGGUGCUGAUGUCAUCGACUGCUCAGUCCAAAUGUCCAGCGACGGUAAACCCUUUUGCUCAAGUUCGAUAGAUCUCUCGAACAUCACAAACAUCGCCCAGACAUCUUUCGCGCAACGUUCAACUCAUGUUCCUGAGAUUAGCUCAAAUGAUGGAAUAUACACUUUUAGUCUCACAUGGUCUGAGAUCCAGACCUUAAAACCUGCGAUUUCAAACCCUUACAGAGCAUACAAUAUGUUCAGGAAUCCGAAUGAGAAAAAUUCAGGGAAGUUUAUUUUGCUUUCUGAGUUUCUAAGCUUGGCAAAGAACUCAACUUCACUCUCCGGUGUUUUGAUCAGUGUAGAGAAAGCAGUGUACUUGAGAGAGAAGCAAGGGCUAGACGUGGUAAAAGCAGUUCUUGAUACACUCACGGAAACUGGUUACAGCAAUGGAUCAACCACCAAAACAAAGGUCAUGAUUCAGUCAACGAACAGUUCGGUUCUUGUUGACUUCAAGAAGCAGAGCAGCAAGUAUGAGACUGUCUACAAAGUUGAAGAAAAAAUUGGUGAUAUAAGUGACUCUGCCAUCGAAGACAUAAAGAAAUUCGCUAACGCUGUUGUCAUCGUAAAAACAUCAGUCUUUCCCUUAUUUGAUGAUGGAUUCAUCAUUAGGCAAACCAAUGUUGUGGAGAAGCUGCACAAGUCUAAGCUCCCGGUUUAUGUGGAGCUGUUUCAGAACGAGUUUGUAUCUCAACCAUUCGACUUCUUCUCUGAUCCAACCGUUGAGAUAAACUCUUAUGUCAGCGGAGCUGGUAUCGAUGGAACCAUCACAGAGUUUCCUUUCACAGCUGCAAGAUACAAAAGGAAUCGAUGUUUGGGAACAAAAGAAACUAUACCACCACAAUACAUGUCCCCUGUUCCACCGGGACUUUUCUUAAACCUUGUGAAUGCCAUACCUCCAGCCCAAGCUCCAAACCCGGUUUUCACAGAUGAUGAUGUAACUGAGCCACCACUACCUCCGGUUACAGCAAAAUCUCCAACCUCGGCACCUGGAACCUCAUUCACCAAUGCACAAGCACCUAGGUCUAGCGGACAAACUCGACUCACUCUAUCUCUUCGCCUCUCUGUUUUCGCUUCUCUUCUACUUCUUUGAUCUCUUCUCUUGUGGUCAUUCUAAAUGUUUUAUGUGAUGUGUUAUACUCUUAGCGGCUUCCAGUGUUGUUUUCUUUACUAUUGCAUGUUUUAUCAAGUCAAUAUCAGAAGUAUGACAUUCAUUCUUAGGCUGAAAUAUAGACACAAGAUUAUCCG